CCACCACCCAAUUGCCCCCAAUUCCAAAUUAGUAUUGUCACAAGAUAGGUGGGUGUAUCUCAGGAACUUCUUUCACCGCAACAGCCGUUGCUUUCCUCCCCAAUUCCUUAUAUUUACAUCUUCUCUCCUUUCUUGUUGGAAGAGAUAGCCGCCAGAGAUAGAUUACCCGAGUCAUGUCUACUAAGUGCGAAUCUGAGAAGCUGGCUCCCCAGCACAAGAGCGCGUUCUUUUCGUUUAUCAAGUCGUUAGCAACUUUCAAAGGCGACCUCGCAUCGCUGACUGCCCCGCCAUUCCUCUUAUCCCCGCAAUCCAUUGUCGAGUAUUCGGCCUACUGGGCUGAGCAUCCGAGUCUUUUUGUUGCCCCAGCCAGCGAACCCAAUCCAGAGAAAAGAGCUCUGUUGGUCUUGAAAUGGUUUUUGAGCACGCUCAAGCAACAACACAGUAACAAAGAUGACAAUGGGAAGAGAAAGAAAAUGAAACCGUUGAACCCUUUCCUAGGAGAACUUUUUAUUGGGAAAUGGGAAGACGAGGCUGGGACUACAAAUCUGGUCGCAGAACAAGUUAGCCAUCAUCCGCCGGCAACAGCGUGCAAUAUCUGGAAUGAUAAGCAUGGAGUUAGGCUGCAAGGCCAUGUUGCUCCAAAAGUUUAUUUCAGCGGAACUGUACACAUCGAUCGAAAAGGCUACUCGCUCCUCCAUCUCGACAAAUACGAUGAAGACUACUUAAUAACUAUGCCGAAAAUACACGUUGAAGGAAUCAUGACAGGCUCUCUUUCCCCUGAGCUCAGCGGCACCACAUAUAUACGAAGCUCUUCUGGUUACACCUGUCAGAUAGACUAUAUUUGUAAGGGAUGGGUCAGUGGAAAGCGAAACUCGUUCGUUGCGAAGAUGUUCCAUGACGAUCACGAGAACGAGCCUUUAUAUGUUGCGGAGGGACAAUGGAACGGAGAAUUUUCCAUCAAGAAAUGCGACACUCAAGAAUUGGUUGAGAAGUUUGACAUCGAUACCGUUCCUCGGACGCCCUUACAAGUUGCCCCACUGGAACACCAACAUCCCUUGGAAUCGAGGAGGGCAUGGCAACACGUUGCGAAUGCUAUUUAUAGAGGGGAUAUCUUCGCAGUUGGCCAUGAGAAGACCAAAAUCGAGAAUGAGCAAAGAGGAAUGAGGAAAAGAGAGAAGGCCGAAGGAAGAGAAUUCCCCAGGAGAUACUUUUCAAGAGCCAAGGAAGACCAAGUUGCAGAGAGGUUAGCUGAGGGCAUGAAAGGGGAGACUUCCAUGAGAGGGGAGAUGGAUAGUCAUCACGGGGUCUGGAUUUGGGAUGAGAAGAAGUACAGAGGGAUCCAAGACAGCUUGCGAAAUGGCAUCAAGAGCCCCACAAGAACGAGGUUUGAUUCUGGAGUUGGAGGGAUUCUUUUAGAUAUGAAGGACGAAUAAAGGCAUUGAUUGAUGGGCGUUCUGGUUGGGCAUUUGAAUAGGAACCUAGUAGCAUCAGCAGGCGAUAGAAUACCCAUGAAUAGAGUUUAUUUAAUCCAGACCAGACAUUUUCCAAGGA